AUGGCUGCGACCAGAUACAUACUCUAUCACCACCCUUACUCUAUCUGCUCCAUUAUGGUCCGAUACACAUAUGCCGUGACGGGUCGGCCACUGGACCCCAGCUCGGCCAUGGAGCUGGACGAGCAGAGUCUCGACAUUAUGAAGGGCGCUCAGCUAGAAGAAAACUUCCUCGUCAAGGUCAACCCAAAGGGCCAGGUACCAGCUCUCACAUCAUCAUCUCUGGAUACUCCUAUUACGGACAGUCUAGACAUUACGUACUAUAUUGCGGAACGAUAUCCGACUUUGAUGCCUUCCAAGCACAAACAGACGAUCAUCGAUCUGCUUGGGGAACUCCAUGACAUCAACUACUUCUCCUUGUCCUUUGGAGAUAAGCCAGACAGAGCGAAGGGGCAAGCCAACGUUAUCCGGGGUCGAAUGGAAGACUCGAACAUCAGUCCUGAGUAUCGCAAAGCGCUGGAGUAUAAGCUUGGCAUCACAAAUGAUAUGAAAGUCGACGGCGUCCAGCCAGAUAUCAUCAAGCUCAACGAAAAACGAGCCUCCGCAUUUUCAGAAAAGUGCGAGAACAUGCUGCUACCUGGACAGACGUGGCUCUUUGGCACUCAAUUGCCUACCGCUCUUGAUGCCCACCUGGUUGUGUUUCUUGCAAGGAUGAAAGACCUCAAGCGGACGAACUUGGUCCCUGGGAAGCUGAGCGAGUAUCUGGAGCGAGCCACAAACGAUAGAGAGUGGCUUAAGGUGAUGAAGGGUCAGACGUCUACUAUGGUUGGUGGCUGA